AUGUCGUUGUCUGGAAAGCUUUCAAUCGAGGACGUCGAGCUCAAGGGCAAGCGGGUUUUAAUUCGCGUCGACUUCAACGUACCGCUCAAAGGCAAGAAGGUCGCGGACACGCGGCGCAUCGGGGGCGCUGUUCCCACCAUCAAGUACGCCCUCGAGCAAGGGGCCAAGGCGGUCAUCCUGAUGUCCCAUCUGGGACGUCCGGAUGGCCGCCCCGACGCCGAGUUAAGCCUGGAGCCAGUGGUCCCCGAGCUCGAGAAGCUGCUGGGCGGCACCAAGGUCACCUUCGCCCCCGACUCGGUGGGCCCCGAGGUCGAGAAGAUUGUGGCCGACGCUGCGGAUGGCGCCGUCAUUCUGCUCGAAAACCUGCGCUUCCACCUUGAGGAGGAGGUCGAGGUUGAAGUUAAACAGGCCGACGGCACGAAGGUCACAUUCAAGGCCGACGAGGCCAAGGUGGCCGAGUUCCGCGCGGGCCUCACCAAGCUCGGCGACGUGUACAUCAACGACGCGUUUGGCACGGCCCACCGCGCCCACUCGUCCAUGGUUGGCAUCGACCUGCCCCAGAAGGCGGCGGGCUUCCUCAUGAAGAAGGAGCUCAACUACUUUGCGCAGGCGCUCGAGAACCCCAAGCGGUCCUUCCUCGCCAUCCUGGGCGGUGCCAAGGUCUCGGACAAAAUCAAGGCCAUCAACAAUCUGCUCGACAAGGUCAACACGCUCAUUAUCUGCGGCGGCAUGGCCUUUACGUUCAAGAAGGUGCUCGACAACGUCGCCAUUGGCGACUCGCUGUUUGACGAGGAAGCCGCCAAGACGGUGCAAGAGCUCAUGGACAAGGCCAAGACGAACAACGUCAAGGUUGUUUUCCCCGUCGACUACGUGACGGCCGACAAGUUUGACAAAGAGGCCAAAACGGGAAGCGCCACCGACGCCGAGGGCAUCCCCGACGGCUGGAUGGGCCUGGACUGCGGCCCCGCCUCGUCCAAGCUGUUUGCGGACACCAUUGACAAGGCCCAGACCAUUCUGUGGAAUGGGCCCCCUGGCGUCUUUGAGUGGCCCAGGUUUGCCGACGGCACCAAGGCCAUGUUGGCCGCGGCCGUGCGCGCGGCCGGCCAGGGCAAGACUGUGAUUGCUGGUGGCGGCGACACGGCGAGGGCGGCAUCAAAGGUCAAGGACAAGCUCAGCCAUGUGUCGACGGGUGGUGGUGCCAGCCUGGAGCUGCUGAAGGGCAAAGAACUGCCGGGUGUCGCUGCGCUGAGCGCCAAGUGA